AUGGCAUCGGAAGUCGACGCUACGAAGAACACAGGCCACUCUUUGAAGUCGCCGUAUGGAUACACCCCCGACGCAUGGCUUGGCUACCUCUUCCUCGUUUUGUUUGGACUGUCCACGGCUGCGCAUCUGUUUCAGCUAACUCGCUAUCGGCUAUGGUGGCUCAUACCCACCAUAUGCUUCUGUGGUAUUCUUGAGUUGGUCGGCUGGGCGGGAAGGCUGUGGUCGAGCUAUAAUGUGCUCCUCAACACACCAUAUACUAUGCAGAUUGUCUGUACGAUCCUUGCGCCUACUCCGCUUGUUGCAGCCAGCUUCGUUAUGCUGGGGCAGUGCAUUCGUCGACUAGGCCAGCAGUACAGUCGCCUUAGUGCCAAAUGGUACACUAUCGUGUUCUGCAGCUGCGAUGUUAUCGCAUUGAUCAUUCAAGCACUGGGUGGUGGUGCCGCAUCCGCUGCGGUGAAUUCAGGCAAGAGCCCCACUGCUGGCAGCGAUAUCAUGUUGGCCGGAAUCAUUUUCCAGAUGGCCGCUAUCACCUUUUACAUGCUUCUCGCCUCGGAAUUCGUGCUGCGAUAUCUCUACGAUCGUCCCGUCAAUUCUCGGGCAUCUGAGCCGACACCAUACGCCCUGGAUAAGAGCAUGAAGCAGAUGCUAGCUGCGCUAGUGUUCAGUAGUCUGUGCAUCUAUCUCCGAUCAUGGUACCGUACUAUUGAACUUGCUGGUGGAUGGAACGGCUACGUUAUCCACACGCAGCGAUACUUUGUUGUCAUGGACGCUAUGAUGAUCACAUUUGCGAUGGUGGUCAUGAACGUCUUCCACCCCGGUCGUCUCUUGGGUGCCGCUCCCACAUGGAAUGGCGACAUUUCACUAGGUGGGAUCGACAAAUCCGACCAGGCUGUUGAGAAGGGCUGGUCGGGCGCUGACGGUGGUUCGAGAUGA